CUUGGGGGUUCCUGCAGCAGCCACUACCUUGCCCAACCCCUCCCACUCCCCACCAUGUUGGUCAGUAGCCCCCACCUGCUAACAAUGGAUGAAGCAGAUGCCACUUGGGCCCUCAUCAAGGAUAAGGUCAUCGAGGAGCGUUUUGGGUCCAAUGUAGUGGCAGUACCUUUCCUGUCGGAUGCAGCCUACUAUGAUCUACUGGGCGUGUUAGUGAAACAGUCCCGUCCAGCCCACACCCGCCUGGCUUUGCCAGGUAGGCAGGGCAGAAGGGCACUGAAAUCAGUAGGGCUGCUACCAAAUCUUCUAGAACAGGCAGGGUCUGAGGGUGUCUUUGCCCACUGCACUCGGGAAUACUCACCAAAUGGCCGAGCCGAGACAGCCUAUGAAGAAAUGCGAAUGAUGGAUGGGCAGCCCUGCAGGAUUCGCCUACAUAUGGGAGGUCUGCGCAAGAAAGUUGCUUUCCUGCUGCUACCACCAGGGCAGGUGAGCCUACAGCAGAAUCUUCCCUGGCUCCGAAGCACCCACAGCAUCUACGUCAUCUACCAGGUCUUCUCCUGCACCUGGCUGCAGCUAGGGGUUUUGCCUACAGCCCGUGAACCCCAGCUGAUCCGGUUACAGCGGUCACUACCUAUUGCUUUCUCCUGCCUCAAGUUUUCACUGCAGCCCAAGGGUGUGCUGGGACCACAGAAGUCUCUGACCAAAGACCCAUUGCCCCAAGGAGCCAACUGGGUUAGACCUAGCCUUAGCAUCAUAACAACUCUGGUCCCCACAUCAGUAUCUGCUGAUACCCAUGAAGUUGCUGAUGUACCUCCACCUGUCCCAGCCCCACCUACACCACCUCCCCAAGAAGGGCCAGAAGGCAGACCCACCAGAUUCUCCCAUAAGGGUCGAAACCCCUUCCGGAGGGGCCCCUAUAUGCUUUCAGAGAACUGGCUCUUCAGCCCCCGCAACCCUCCACCAGGAGCCCAGGGUGGGGGCCCCGGGGACCCAGACCGGCACUCCAUGUCCCUGCCCCUGCUUCAGGGUUUGUCUUCGGAGUUCGACAGCGACGAAUGAAGCUGAGGCAAGAGAUGCAGGGGCCAAGGCCCCUAAGAUCUGGCAUAGGGAUACUGGUCCCCAAUAAACAUCAGCUGCUGCAGCCCCAAA